AUGACCGAUCAGAUUACUGUGGAUGUGGAUCCGGAUUUGCAUAUAAUAACGGAUGAAUACAGUCCUGAAGAUUGGGCCUCAGAGACCACUUCCAUCGGUUCCUCUUUGUACAGGGGUCUGAUGGAAAAUGGCCGAAGAUAUCAGUCUCUGAAGUCCGACGAGUAUUGUUUUCCUGCCGAUGAAAGACAAUUCGAAACCUACGAUGCUGCACAUCUUGCAGCUAUAAUCGGGGAUUCCGAUGAGGAGAACAUGCUAUUCCAAGCCCCAUUGAACCCCAAAAAUGUUCUUGAUAUUGGGACUGGGAAGGGUUCGUGGGCCAUUGACGUUGCCGAUAUGUUCCCUAAUGCCGCUGUCCGUGGCGUGGAUCUUUUCCCCCCCUCCAAGUGGACUUGGCGUGAAAAAUUUGAUCUAAUCCAUCUUCGCAUUAUGGCAAGUGCCUUUACUCCUGCGGAGACAGAGCAAUUGAUGAAGCAAGUUUACGACUGCCUAGAGCCGGGUGGAUGGAUUGAACAGAUGGAAAUUCACCCGACAAUCUAUUGUGAUGACGAUAGCAUUCCGCAUGAUAAUGUGUUAUUUGAUAUCGGACCGAGAUUUGAUGCUGCCGCUAAUAAGUCUGGGAAGCCUAUGGACCUUAUCAAAACAAUGCGGGCCUCGAUUGAAAAAGCCGGGUUUGUUGAUGUCCACGAAAAGAACGUCAAGUGGCCAAUCGGUCCAUGGCCAAAGGACAAGACCCUGAAGGAACUUGGUCCGACCCCGUGGUCGCCAGAGGAGGUGCAGGUCUACAACGCUAGGAUGAGAAAGGAACUGCUCAAUCCUCGUCACCACGCCUAUCAACGUGCGAGAAGAGUAUGGGCUAGGAAGCCAUUUUCAGACCAGAAGACCGAGCAAAGAGAUUAA